CGUACGGUAUUACGGCCACGUUCGUGAAUUAACGAUAUUCUAAUGCAGUGCUAUUCAUAAUGCUGCCAAACGCCUCGAUAGCAUCGAUCCUCGAUGAAGAGAUCAGCCUCGAAGGGCUAGAAGGGACCACACUCGACACGUUAUGGUACAAUAUCUCUCAGCGGAUGAAGCUAUCGCUUCCCAUACCCACCAAGCUAUCGAACACCCUGUGGCCCCAGAUUGUUCGUAAUCCCGAGUUUGAGUUCCAUCUGCUGCUGAACGAACGUAACCCGCACCAACCGUACGAUCGGUUUGCGUACGUCGAUGCGGAAACGGGAAUACCACAGCUUCCGGAGGUGUAUCCGGGCCAUCGGUUUCGCUACAAUCUGAUCGAGCGCAAUGGCGUACGGGGAUCGUGUGAAGAGUACGAAACACGGUCACCGAUACCACGCGAUGAACUGCAGUCGAUCAGCUGGACAGAGGUCGAGCAGCGCUAUGGUCGCCGUUUCGUGAUAGUCGCUUCUCAGCGGCUACGGGAAUCUUUUCUCAUCCCCGGCAACUGCACAACCGAACUCACGGGCAUCCAGUACUGCAUGCUUGAGUGGAUCGGUCGCUCACGUUUCAACGGUGAAACAUCACAAGGACGGUUCUCGCUGCUAGAAAUGACACGCGAUUCUAGCACGCUGUACUACAACCGGAAGGUUCUGUGUGGGGCCAAACUUGUUACACGCCAAACGUUUUGCAUGCGCACGGGCGAUUCCAGCACGCAGGGUGUGCUGUUUCAUUUGCCACGGUACUACCGUGAGAUGAAAACCCGCCAACAGCUCGUUGUCGAGCGCGUUGUGAACGAACUGCAGAAUCGACCGUACCAUAUGGCCGAUUAUGGCGAAAUCAAGCAGCUGGUGCUCGGAAAAACGGAAGCGAAGAAAAUAUUCCGCUCGCCCGAAUUUGCGCGCUUCGUGCGCACGGAUGAGACGGUCCCGUACCGGACGCUCUAUCCCACUGCUCCGGCCAGCGACUGGAUGUCGAAGAAGGGUGACGAAAAGUCAGUACGCGUUAUGCGCCUCGUUGAUCCGACCACCGACAUCUAUGAGGUAUGGUGUCGCGACGGUACCGAGGAGGACGCUCGAGAAGGAUUUCUUGCCCGGGCCGAUAGUAGCGCACUGUACGUCGACAAACCGUUGCUGCGACUAGCGUACGAGCUCAUUGGUAAGAGUGGCACAUCUGGUAUUUCCCAGUCCGAAUUAGCGACCACGCUCGGUCUCGAUCGGUUGAAUGCUCGCAGCAUCGUGCGGAACCUGCUACGGUUGAAGGUCGUAGAAAGCCAAUCGUUCAACGAGGGACGUCAGCGAACCGCCAAAUUUUUCCUUCCUGGCCGUAUGUCUGUGUCACUGAACCUGCAGCGAGAGAUGUCCCAGUUCGUGUCGUUGCAACGCAGCGUGCUGGAAUAUCAAAAGCAGCCGCCACAAGAAGAAUCGAAUGAGAGCAUUCUGGAGGAUAGUGCGAGUGCUUCAGGGUUGCCUGAAGCAGGCGGUGUCAAGUGUACUGAUGCCACCAACGUCGAUGCGGAUGCAGAGUCGUUGGAUAGUGCUUCCGUAAGCUCCCGUGCGAUGGACACCGGCAAGCUGCAGACCGACAUCGUAACUGAUAUUAGCUUCUCAUACGAGCUGGAGCUAGCUAAACCGAUUCAAGGCAUAACGAGCAACUUCCGGAAGGCGAAUGAACGGUUGUUGGGUCGCUGUAACUUCAUAUUGGAGCUGCUGAAGCACGAACCGGUUAUCGAGCCUCGCCGUAUUCUGAAGAAGCUCAAUCAAGUCGAAAUGGUCAAUGGAUACACGUAUCGGAUGUGUGGCAAAUCGGUGCUGCGAUUGCUCGCACGACUCGCCACUGAUCGGUUGGUGAUGCUCGCACACGUUAAGUUGCGGCGCGAGGAGCGCGAGAUACAACAGAUGCUUGUUUGUUUGCCGUCCGUCACAGUAGACAGUUCGGUACUGCAGAGCAAGGUGGCACUGCUACGAAACCAGUUUGCUGUCCGAACAACGACCGCAAAAGAAGAACAGGAAAUAGCCAAGAUGCACACAUCAGGAAGUGCUGCAGCCGCAGCAGCGGCGACAGCAGCAUUAAUCGCAACAACGAAGGCACGACCGUCUAGUAACCGAUGUCGUGGAUAUCCGGGUUGCCUGGCAAAGUGUAUGCGCAUGCGGUUGUUUCACGAGUACGCGUUCUACCUUACCUACGUCCUUCGUCCCGAUGUAUCGGAAAUCGACCCGAGUGAGUUGUCGGAGGUGGAUCUUAGUGAGCUGGAACCCCACGAGCGGGUACCGGUGUACAGUGAUGCGAGCGAUUGGAAGAUGUUCGUUAGCCCGCUUAGCCGGUACGAUGGGUACGAUGGUACCUCCGGCUGGUCAUUGCUACUCGAUCUGACGGCCCGUAUGCCCCUGACGAUGUUCUGCUCCAUCAGUACCUAUGCAUUCUACACGAACGAGCUCGAAUAUUAUCUGGAUCAUCCGGUGCGUCGAUAUAUCCCACUCCGACAUUUACCACCGAACAUACGUGCCCAGCUGUUCCAGCGUCGCCGUUACGUCCACCUAAUCUACGAUCUCGUUAAGUUACUGUGCUGGGCCGGCCUGAUGCAAAUAGGACCGCAGCUGACGAAAGCACGCGAUCAAACGUUCGUGUACGUGCGCCGGAACGUGUCACUGCUCGAUACGACACCCUCCCGCCCCGGUUAUAUCGAGAUCGAGGAACGGCAGUACGAUCAGCUAACAUUCCAGCUGGAGACGCUUGCCGAUGUGUACGAAUACUGGGACCGAUUGUACGACAUUUCGAAAAAUACGCAAAUCAACAUCCGCUCGACAGCGAUCGGAAAAGAGGUGCUCGUGCAGAAGGUACAGGAUAAGCCCGCGAUGCUGGCCGCCAUUAGUACGUGCUCGAUAGAAUCCGGCCCGGUGAACGAUUGCGGUACGCUACCGCCCGGUGACGGGCGUGGUGCCGCCGGCAUGGAUUCAUCCUUAUUCGUGCAUCUACGAUCGAACUGGAACAAGCGCGUCAAUCUAUGCGUUCCGGUAGAAAAGCUCCGCUUAAAGGUAGUCCGCCGUCGUCUUGGCAAGGGAGGCAUAGAGAAACGUCAGCUGGCGUACCGUGUUGGUGUCAAAGCCAACGAGCGGGCGGGGCAGGUGAUCGGCUCAUCGGGCGUCGCUAUGCCUUUGCUGAGCCGCAAUUCUAUUCGCCAGGGUCGGAAACUGGGCCGGCGUGUGGUGAAACCGCGCAAGCAGCAGAUGUCACGGCGCGGAAUACUGGACGAGGUCGACCGGCGGGCGCUAAGACUAAUGACUAAGCAGCGCUCGAAAUGGGACGAAUCCGAGGAUCAGGUGCUGCUGAUGUGCCGGGUAGCGUUAAUGUAUCUCUACGGUGAUCCGUUGCGCCCGGUCGCCACGAUCAGUAUGACGACGAUACGCGAUAUUCUACAUUGGUCGUGUGCCCGGGCACAGUGCAAAACGUCGAACGCCUGCGGACGUCGGCUGCAGUAUAUGGUGCGUCAUCUGCCGCACGUGGCCGAGCAGCUGCGUAUGUACCUGGAGCAAAGCAAGCUACAUCCCAGCGUCACGAGCCAGUUUGGAGCCGGGUUCGUGGUGAAAUUGCGCCGGUACUUUCCCCGAAAGGAGGAGUUCCGACAGGCGCUACAGAUUCACUUCAUAAGGCUGGUAGCGCUAUUGAGAAGCACGGUGUUGCAGGAACAUUCGAACGAAUCCUUCUCGACUAAGGGCCCGGCAGGCCUUCGUGUCCGCCGUGGUCGUCAUCCUGGUACAGGGCGGUAUCAGAGCGAUGGCGCACCUCCAUCGCUUGAUGAUGGCGAGGGUGACGGGCGGAAGCGUAUCGAGCGUCUUCCGAGAACGCUCGAUGAACUGUUGCGUCGGUAUAAUGUCAUCGAAACGAUCGGAGGUGGUGGUGGUGGCGGUGGCAGUCAAAGGAAGCUUCACAUGGACAGUGAUCCCCAGACGAUCGAGGAGAUACAGCUGUACAAGUAUACGAUCGUGAUGCACAGUGCGAUCGCAAAUAGCCGGCGUUCGGCGGCAGAUGGUCGCCUGCAGUACAUCUACCGGCAGUGCCCCGAUCGGGCGCUAAUCGGAGCACUGUGGAAGCUACGCUCGAUGCAGGUCGUCUCGGUGACACAGUGCGUAAAGGCCUCCAACAAGGUGGUACUCGGUCGCAUACUGACACGUCAGGAUGAACUGUGCUACGUAUCGAUCAGCUAUCAGCAGCAGCUAACGACAUCCAUUCCGCUGGAACUGUUUGUGCCCGUUUUUGGCCAGUACGUGAAGUUGCUCGUUCGCGACGAACCGUACACGUUUGAGGAUGGUUCCGAUGGUCUGGUGCUGCUGCUCGGUGAACUGAUUGCCGCCUGCCCCUUCGGUGGUGAUCGGUGGCUCGAUCUUCGGAUCGAUCAACCAGCGAACUACAUCGAGAUGAACCCCGACGCCAAGGUACCGGGUGGUACGAUCGUGCCCGAUGAAAACCCGAAGCCACCCGAGCCAACGGUCACUGGCAAACAGCAGACCCGGACAAAAAAGAAUCCACCGGCCACGGUGGGCAACGGUACGAAACAGUUACGGUUUGUGGACAAACGGGAUGUUACUUUCCUCUAUCUGGCCCAUCCGAUCGAACAACUGCUAAAGCUACCGCUCGAGUAUUUCCACUUCUUCUGUCUACUCGAUCAGCUGCAAUCGACCGGUGGCCGACGCUUACUGGCUCAGACGUUCAAAAUUGACGAGCAGCGACCAGUGCAGUGUUCCUUGCCGAACUGUCGAAUCAUCGAUGUCGUCGGUGAUCACGAUCUGGUACGACGGUGUCUUGCCCUCGUGCGUGACCGCGAGGACCUGCUCGAACGCAUCAAACGACAUGAUAUGGAACGGGCAAAGCACAUGGCGCCACGGGCAACGCGUACCGAUCCGGCCCUACUGUUCGAUGUACGCGAGGACAAUCUGUUACUGUUCUUCGGCAAGUACAUCACCAAGUACCAGCACGGGUGUGCCGAGAAGCGAAAGCGUGAUGUGAAUCGUGAGCAGCAGCGUCUGGCCUCGCUGAACCAUCAUUCGCCGGUCAAUAUGGCCGAGCUGGUGGGUGAGUGUUUGCGGUUCGAUACCGAAAUGCCCGACUACCGGUGGCUCGAUCGGUGCGAGGUACAAGGUGCUGUUCGGUGCGAUGCCGAGGAAGAGGCAGAAGAUGAAGGAGGGUCCGAUGUGUUUGGUGGAACGGGAGCAUCGUUAGUGCCACCAGCAGCCGGUGCUUCGGCAAUCGUCGUUACCGGAAAGGAUGGCAACGAUAUUGGCCGCCCGACGGUCGGCCUGCUGAGGGCACUCAGUGCAAAAGUGCACAAGCUGCAUAACUUUUACGAAAUUGUCUCGAUGAAGAUGCACAUUCACCUGCGUCCGCCACCACCAGCACCACCGCCGGAGUUGUCCACCGGAGAUGAAGCGAGUGUAGAGCAAACAGAACUGGUAGUAAGGUACGGUAACACCACGGUGCCGCUCCAUUAUCUUCCAGAGGGAGCACGACGGCGUCGUGCGAUACUGUUGGCGUUGGAGAGUGAGGUGAUUUGGCCGUUGACUGAGCUUGCACCGCUACUAGAAGAAACACUUGGACUGAUAGAGCGUAACUCCCCAGCGAGCGAACUGCUGACGUACAUUGAAGGGAAAGGUAAGCUUGGAGCGACGGUUCGCGACCUGCGAACCGCUUACGUCAAUCAUGAGCAGCUUGCGCAGGAUUUGGAGCGGCUUCGGAACAUGAAGGUAUUGCUGCGGACCGGCGUGCGUACCAUCACCUACGUCUACUGGCGGUAUGUGAACGAGUGGUUGGUUCGAUCCUACCUGCCCACUAAUACGUCACCAGAAGAACGGCCUACGACUCGGCCAGAUACCGUCGAGGAACCAGCUGGCCCAUCGUCCAGUGCCAGUAGCCAUAAGAAACGAAAGCUAGAGCAAACCCAACCAACGGCGGCCGGUCAGGGAAAGGAGAAGAAACGGAAAAUGGCCUGUGAUGACGCUUCGGGAGAAUCUGACGCAGAGGCGAAAGAUAACAACGAUGACGAUGAAGAUGCGGAGGGAACACCUGGUUCUUCGGAAGAGGUCAAUGAACCCAGUCAACCCGUCCUCCUCUCGAUGGCUCCUUGGAUUCAGCUGAACGGCAUGGUCAACAAGCGACUAUUAUACCGGUGGCUUACUGCGAUCCUGCUAUACACCGUAUCCAAUCCGGGCGUCACGCUGGCAGCAUUAUACGUACGCUUCAAUAUGAUGUCCCCAUUCCAUCUGCGCCAACUGGUCGAGCUUCUCAGUGAAUACGGGUGUCUAUCGCUACGAGCCAUGCAGGUCCAGGUGCAGAAACCCUCUCUCUUCUCCGUCUACAAACCAGCGACAUUUGUACCGGUGAGCGAAUUUCUCGAUGAUGAACAGGUGUUUGUGGAAGCGACACUCAACGCUCUAAGUACACUAUCACUGUGCAUUGGCGAGUACCAGAAGUACUCCAAGGAUAUCUUCCAGGUGGAGGAGGCCCGCAGGAAACGUACAGCGAAGCGCGACUCCGAAGGUGUGAUAUUACCAAACUAGGCAGCGAGCGGCAUUGCACUGUCCUUUUGAUGAAUAGAUGCGCUGUUCGUUUUCCU